AUGCCGUCGACGCAUGGGAGGGCCCGACCCAAGCUGCUUGUGAGGGCAGCCGGUCCGGUGGGAGCUGUCCUCUGCUGCUUUGUCUUGCACGUUGGCUUUGCUGCCGGGGCCUGGACGCAACCCGCUGGCCGAGCCAGCGAUCUGAGCGGAGCUCUUUGCGGCCGGCGUGGGCGCGCAAAUCCGCCGCGGAUACUGCGACGAGCCUUGGAUCCCUUCGCCCUCCUGGGCGUGGAGUCGACUGCGACCCGCGAUGAGGUCAAGAAGGCCUUCCGCGAGCGCAUUCGCAAGGCACACCCAGAUGCUGGCGGCAGCACAGAGGAAUUCAAGCAGGUCCGCGAGGCCUACCAGGAGGCUUUGAGCCGUGUGGGCUUCAACGUCCCCGGCGGGUCCAGGGCAGGCGGUGGCGCCUCUCAGUCCCAGCGACCCGGUUGGACUUUGCGCGAUUUCUACAAGUGGCGGCGGGAACAAGUCCAGCAGGAGAAAGAUGUUUGGGAGCAGGACGCGGAGGCUCGAAGCCAGCACUGGUGGUCCUCUGCCGAGAAGCGAGCGCAGCAGCGGAAAGGGGCCGCCAGCGCCUCCCAGGAGCCGCCCAAGACCGUCCGGGAGCAGAACGCCCGAAUGAGAAGGCAGCACCAGGCGAGGAGAAAGCAGCGGCUGCGCGAGCGGCAGGAUGACUCUGUGAUGGAGUGGGAUGCCUUCCUGAAGAGAACCAAUAAUGGAAAAGUCCGCGAGAGUGCCAAGUCCGAGACGCAGACGCGGUCGGGACCGCCGCGUGCAAGGAGAAAUGCGGACCGGGUGGUGACGCACCGCUCCAUCGCCACGCUGAAAGGCGAGGAGCGUGUGCCGGUUUUCCAAGAUGAAGGCGGAACGUGCUACUACGUCUCGCCCACUACGCGGAGGAAAGUGGUCGUGCCGAAGUAG